AUGUCAGAUAAACUCAUUCAUGAAGUUCCUAGAAGUCGUCUGUCAUGUUCUACCUCACCAUCUCCUUAUCAGAGACAAUGUUCAAAUCAUCUUCCUCUCAGACUCAGUGGAGGGAAGGGUUUGUGUUCGGGGAGACUGGAGGUUUAUCAUAACUCUGUGUGGGGUUCAGUCUGUGAUGAUCUGUGGGACAUCAGAGAUGCUCAGGUGGUCUGCAGGCAGCUGGGUUGUGGAGCAGCAUUGAGUGCUGAUGGGAAUGAAGCGUUUGGUGCUGGUGAAGGUGUUGUGUGGAUGAACAGAGUCGAGUGCAGAGGGACUGAGAUUCACCUGUGGGACUGUCCUCAUGUCCUGAAAAGACACAAUGACUGCUCACACAAAGAACAAGUUAGACUCAUCUUUUUGCAGAAUAAAAGAGAAUAUGGGAGGCCAGUCAAUCCUCCAGUGGUUGUGAUUGUACUGGGAGUUUUGCUCUUACUGCUCUUAGUGCCGCUGCUGAUACUGAUUCAACACAAGAGAGUGAUAAGGAAAGCUCUCUCUAAGAGGAGACACAGGACUCAGACUGAGGCAGUUUAUGAAGAGAUUGAUCACAGACACACAAACACACACAAACACUUCACUCAGAGAGGGAGUCUCAUCUCUGAAGAACAGCAUUCUGGAUAUGAAGAUGAGCUUCUCUCAGAUGACACGCUUGUGAAGUAUGAGGUCAUCAUCAGUGAACAGAUCCUUCAAGAUCAUGACAGAAUUGCAUAUUUAUCACCCAUUAUCUAA